CCAGCACUUAUUUUACUAGUUCCCUGCUAGCAGUUGACUUGUGUGCGCAUAUCUCGAACAUUUAAAUUUAAUAGUUCGUUUUCAAUCGUGUAUUCCUUUUUUUACGUUUCCAAAUGGCUAAAUUUAUCAACUACAGUGACUUCUUCUCUCCCCAUUAGUUUUUUUUUUUGUGGAUUGAAAAGAAAAGACAUUAAUCAAACAGUGCUUAGUGUCACGCCGUUGUGUCUACGGGACUCGCCUUCACAGGCUUUUAACCGUUAAAAUUUAUACUGGCUGUGAUAGUAUACAUGCAUUUUUCAAGCGACCUGCUGCAAAAAAUGACCAUAUCCUUGAUGUACCGUAUCAACCCCAUAUACUAUUCAGAUUACUCCGAUACGAUCUAGGUCUGUGCUUGAAGCUAGUUCCUUACAAGUGCUCUACCUGCCAUUGGCUAUACCAAUUCAAAUACUACAAAUUUGGCGUUUAUCCCAAAGAUAUCACCUGACCAUCACCCUAUAUAAAUAUUCUAAGGAUUUGAGUAUUAAACAUGGAUAUUGUGGCAAAUUACCACCCAGUCCUGAAGGCUUUUCUCGCCGGAUCGUUUUCGGGGACAUUCAGCACUAUACUCUUCCAACCAUUGGAUUUAGUGAAGACGAGGUUGCAGAAUCCUAGCCAGAAUGUUUUUACGGCGACUGUCAACGGCCGAAUCCAACCCGGCAUGAUCAACAUAUUCACCAACAUAAUCCGUCAAGAGCAUGUGAUCGGGUUGUGGCGAGGCAUGGUGCCAUCAGUGGCUCGCUGCGUGCCGGGCGUAGGGUUGUACUUCUCAUCUCUUCACUGGCUGAAAGUUAAAAUCGGGAAGACCAGGAAUCAAGAUCUGGGCGCUAUGGAGGCGGUCGCAUUGGGCGUCGUAGCGAGGACAAUGAGCGGUGUCGCUUUAAUACCGAUUACAGUUAUUAAAACUAGAUAUGAAUCUGGUGUUUACAAGUAUAACAGUUUGGGGGGCGCUUUGAAAUCUAUCUACCGCGCUGAAGGGAUCCGUGGGCUUUCUUGCGGCUUGGGUCCAACGUUGGCCAGAGAUGCGCCGUUUUCUGGAUUGUAUCUUAUGUUCUACACGCAAACAAAACAGGCUGUGCCCAAAGAAUGGAUGCAGUCUCCAAGUGCAGCUAGCGUGAUACACUUCAGUUGUGGCAUCAUCGCCGGCAUAGCCGCGUCUUUGGCAACGAAUCCAGCCGAUGUGCUCAAGACAAAGAUGCAACUGUAUCCAGACAAAUUCCCUAACGCUUUCAGUGCUGCCCUCUAUGUACAUCAGAAUUAUGGGAUUAAAGGUUACUUCAAAGGUGCAGUGCCGAGGAUGCUACGCAGGACCCUCAUGGCGGCAAUGGCUUGGACCGUAUUUGAAGAAAUAACACGGUCUAUCGGUUUAAAAUGACAUGACAUGGAAUUAUUUGGAAUUGGAAUGAUACCUGAGUAGUGCAUACACUGGGUUGAAGAACUUGAUUCGUGGAUGCUACGUUCCUAACAUUUUUCUUUUGUUUGUAUAUCUUUGAAUGAUUAUUUUACUUUAGAAAUAUGUAGGUGUUUUGUUCAUUAUCGUCCCAUAAUCAAAUGUUAUAUUUUUUUUAUUUAUCUACUAUUUACAACAGCUUACUUUGAGACAUAAGAUGUUUUUAUUUUUGUUGUUAUUACUUUAGUGUAUAGGUAACUUAUGUGAUAUUGGAAUUUGUUUUUAGUCAGUUAUAAUAAAAUUGUAUACUCUCACUGUAAUAUAGGAUCACACGUCGUUAGUUUACAACACAGUAGAUGGCGCCUAUGUCAGAUUCAUCAAAUGAAAUUGAAAAAUUUACCAAAUGAUUGUACUUAUUCCGUGGCAUAAUUAUAAAUUCCGCCUGGAAACUGAAGGAAAUUAUUAAGGGUUCUAUUAGAGGAUAAAUUUUUCAAUAUAUCGUCAUAUGUAUCCUAAUUUUUAAAUGUGAUAUUUUAAAUAAAGAGAGAGAGAAAAUAA